GACAUGGAGGAGGUAGCACUAAGCUCACUUGGGCCACCAUUGACAGAGGGGUGGAAGUUGGGCGCUUGGACCAGGUGGAACAACGUCAGGUACGCCUGCAAAGGCAGAAGAGAAAGGAAAGAGAUGCGACCGCUUCCGGGGGUAACAAGGAUUGUUACAGAUGUAUUGGCACAGCUGAGGUAUGCGACAAAGUCGGUGGUGCAAAGGAGGGUGGUGACGGCUGUCAAAGUAAAAGGAAAAGAGCCAGUGAUAGAGGAGGCUGCUCAGGAGGAGCUCUGGGAAGAGGAAGAGCCGGUGCCGCAGCACCUGACGAAGGUCCAGCGCAAAGUGCGUAAUUUGGCACAAGGCGGACAGGGAUCAAGACAAGCGCAGGCGCCUCAGGCCCAGGCAGCAGCCCCUUUAUUUGUGGCGGCUCCAUCAUCUAGUACGGGCCCCUCGCAAGGUGGGGCGCCCUCCUACGGACAGUGGCCCUGGCCGAUGAUCAAUGCAAUUGUGCGAUGGGGAAGCCCGUCGCCAGUAGCCGGACCGCAAACGAGUAUGCCACCACCCAUCUACCCUGCGGCCCAGGCCCAACCUGUGGCCCCGCCACCGUCACCUGAUCCAAGUUCACAGGGCAGUGUUGUAGGAGGUGGGAACCAGGGGCAGGGCAAUCAAGGCAACGGAGGGAGGGGUGGAGGAAGGGGGCAAGGCAGGAAUGGCGGCGGAAGAGGUAGGCAAUGGAAUGGCCAAGGCCAGCGGUACCAGGGCCAAGGGAGUCAAGGUCAGGGGUACCAAGGCCAAGGGAGUCAAGGCCAGGGGUACCAAGGCCAGGGGUAUCAAGGCCAGGGGUAUCAAGGCCAGGGAAGGCAGGGGUAUGGAAGACCCCGUUUUGACUGGAGGACGGCCAUCUGUCAACAUUGUGAGCAGCAAGGCCACACUAUAAGGUUCUGUAAUAUAAGACGGGAAGACGAGAGAAGCAGACUGAUUUCCUCCACUAUGGAUGGGAAUAUCUACGAUCAGUUUGGGGAGGCCAUUGACAGAAGGCUUGGAGGAGUGAGGGCUGAAGCCCAACGAAGAGCGACAGCUGGGCCGCCACCCCCUGCCAUGUUCAGGCUAUGGCAGGAAAAGGAGGAACCACCAAUUGGGGUGGAAGAAGUGGGAAGCGAUGAGGAAGUGACUCAAGGGCUACGAGGAGGAAGUGAGACGGAAGAGGCCAUAUUCAACGAGUCAGAUGACGAGGAUGAGGAGGGAAGAACGGAGCCUCCGUCCGUCUUAUUUGAGAAGAUGGAGGACUUGCUGGAUAAGAUGGAAGAGGACGAGAGGCUGCGCAGAGAAGAGGAUCAGAGAGCGGAGCAGCGGGCAAGGAAAAAGGGAACCAGGGAAGAGGCCGAACCGGUCAUACAUGACGGACCGCCCAAAAAGAAGAAAUACGCGGUCCGGUUGGAAGAGGGAUUUGACGUAGAGAAGGUGAUUGACUGGCUACUGGAAGGGCAUAAUGACCUCAUGACCAUGAAGGAAAUCCUAGCGUCAGCCCCGCGACUCCGCGAUGAACUGAAGGGGAGGUUAUCACGGCGCCUGGUGCCCAAUGUCCAUCUCGGUACGAUCCUGCCCAAGGAGGCAAAGUGGGCAGAGUCAGGUACGAAGAUGAACAAGAAGUGUGUAGCCUGCGGUACGGUGGAUUUGAUAGUGAAGGGUUCCAAGUGCGCAGCAAUGGUGGACACCGGGGCAGAGAUGAACAUUAUUCGGGAGGCGGACGCGAUCAGAUUCGGGCUGGAUAUAGUCCGUUCUGACUGCGGUAUUCUGCAUGGAGCCAGCUGUAAGGCCGUGUUUUGCGGGACAGCCUCGAAUGUGCUCAUCGAGGUUGGAAAGGUGAAGGUCAGGGCAUGCUUCUUCAUAAUGCCGGACGUGGACCAUGGAAUCCUCCUGGGAGGGCCAUGUCGUAUCAACGAAGGGAACGAGAAAGAGUUGUUGCCUCAGGAGCGAACGUUGAUGGUGGAAUUAAUGAAGAGGAAGCAUCGCGCCUAUGCGUUUAGUGACAAGGAGCGUGGCAGGUUAGAUGUGGACAAGAUACCUAUGAUCCGCAUCCACACCAUGCCACACGAGCCUUGGAACAUGAGAGCGGCGCGAUAUCCCAAUCCUGACGAGGAAAGGAAGGUGGUGGAUUACCGCGACGGCAAGAUAGGUACUCACGUCGCCGACUAUUCAAGUGGACCGUAUGCGUCCCCGUGGUUCUGCUUUAUUAAGCCUAACGAGACGCUGCGGUGGGUGCAGGAUUUGCAAAGACUGAAUGCAGUGACCGUGCGAGAUGCUGGAGGACUGCCGAAUGCAGACGCGCUGUCGGAAUCCUGUACUGGAAGGCCUUUAAUUUCGCUUAUAGACCUUUAUUCAGGAUACGAUCAGUUCCCAGUCUACCCGCCGUAUAGGCCGGUGACGGCUAUGCACACGCCGCGAGGAUUAGUCCACAUGAACGUGGUCCCACAAGGGUGGACCAACGCAGUAGCAAUGGUCCAACGGACCAUGAUUCGGGUCAUGCAGUCAGUCAGCCACCAUAUCACACAGCCAUACAUUGACGAUUUGGCAGUGAAGGGGCCGGCGAUGAAAGAGAGCGAUGAAGUCUCACUAGGGGUAAGGCGCUUUGUCUGGAAACACAUCCAGGACCUCGAAAAGGUCCUGAGCCUGCUCGAAGAGCAUAACCUCACGGCAAGCGGGGCCAAAUCCAGACACUGCAUGAGGGAAGCGACUAUCUUGAGGAUCGUCUGCAAUGAGAAGGGCCGAAGGCCGGAUGCGAAGAAGACGGACAAGAUUACUGAGUGGCCAGUUCCGUUCCACUCAAUAACUGAUGUCAGGAGCUUCCUUGAUUAUGACGCCACAGAGACGCGACCCUUCAUUGUCGAAACGGAUGCGGGACUGACUGCCUUAGGGGGAGUUCUAAUUCAGGCAGACAUGGAAGGAAAGGAAAGACCCUUGCGAUUUAAGAGCCAGACUCUCUGUACGACGGAGAGGAACUACUCUCAGUUCAAGAGGGAGACCCUUGCUGUCCUCCACUGUCUGCAAAUCUUCCGGAACUAUAUCUUCGGCAUGAGGUUUAUUUUGAGAGUGGAUCCGACCGCCCUGGCAUACUCUCUAAGGAAUUACGUUCCAUCGGAUCCGACGGUUGUCAGAUGGCUGACGUACAUCUGGAUGUUCAAUUUCGAAUUGGAACGGAUUUGUGGUAGUAAGAACCGGGCGGACGGGCUGAGUCGGAUCAACUGGGAUAAACAGGAAGGGGAGGCGAUGGAGAAUACGCCCCCAGUUGAUGGAUUUCUGGAUCAUGAAGAAGAUGUUCGUCUUCAUAUCAACAAGUGGUCGCCGAGAGUGCCCAACCGUGUAGGCUAUCCUAUCUGGCAAGCGCCGAAGGGGUAUGAAAGGAGGAAUGAGCUAGUCCUUAAGCCCUUUGAGGAAGAAGAUCCCUGGGGCGGUAAGGAUGUUCAGUGGAUGAUGGAGCUAGCGCUGGCCAGCUCACAUAGCCUGGUGGAGGACAUGAGAACGAUUGAGGAAGGACCUGGCCAGGUAGAACGGCAUGAGGACCUGAUGGGAGGAAUGUAUCUCCUCGUCAAUACGUUAUUGCAGGAAGACCUCGACCAGUCAGGCUCGUUGAACUCGACAGGAAAUGUGGACGAAGUGCCCGAGAGCCAGAACGACGAGUUCGAGGAGGGGGAGAUUAAGGAGGCUUUUCGUGCAGAGGAGUAUGACGGGAUCUACCUAGAACUGGGGCUUCUUUUGUCAUGUGAAAUGCGGCUAAGGGAUGCAAGCGAUAGGGCUCAGAGGAUGCUGCAACGCUACUUAGUGCAAGACGGCCACCUUUUCGUGAGAAGAGAAGUGGGGAAUCCCAGGAGGGUCGUCUGCGGUAGGAAUCGUCAGAUCGACGUCGUAGCAGCGCUUCAUGAUGGCAUUGCAGGAGGGCAUCGACGGGUACAAGCCACGUGUGCCAAAAUAAGUGAGUUGUACUACUGGGAUGAAAUGAUGGACAUGGUCGGGAAAUUCUGUCGGUCUUGCGUGCCCUGCAAGGAGAGAUCCCGUUUAAGGCAAAGAGAGUCGCUGCAUCCAAGGUUAGAGCGAGAGGUGGGGGCCGUAGUGCAUCUCGAUCUGCUUUUUAUGCCACUUGGGGAUCAGGGCUAUAACUAUAUCUUCGAUGCGCGCGAUAACCUGUCUGGGUUCGUAGACGGGCGUGCUAUUCGCACCAAGACCGGGUUAGUCUUAGUGAGCUGCAUCGAGGAAUAUUACCUGCGUUACCCUUUCGUCAGGGAAUUCGUAAUGGACAGGGGAUCGGAGUUUACCUGCCAAGAGGUGCAAGAACUGUUAUCAAAGUAUGGUGUAGCAGCCAACUACACCACGGCCGCGCACCCCCAGGCAAAUGCUCCUGUAGAGAGAGGACAUAUCACCAUUACAAGUCUCCUGGCUAAGUGGACCGAAGGUAGGCCUAAUCAAUGGCCAAGAUACYUAAGGGCGGCGUUCUUUGUGGAGAACAUUACAAUAAAAAGAUCCACCAAGUACGCACCGGCGACACUGUGGUAUGGAAGGCACGCCACCUUCCCUAUCAAGAGUUUUCUUAAGACAUGGGGGCGCCAGGAUCUGGAAGUUAACAUGUCAUUUGAAGAAUUGCUCGAUAUUCGGGUGCGGCAGAUAGGAGCGAUAGAAGAAAGGAUCCAGGAGGCGUCUGACCAGGUGGCGAGAAGUCGUAUGGACGAUAAGGCUCGAUGGGAUCAAUCUGCGCGGGUGAGGAAAGUACCCUUGGCAGUUGGAGAUGUCGUGGUUCUCUACGAUUCAUCACUGGAGAAGCAAUGGUCCAGGAAGCUCGAUAAGAGGUGGUUAGGUCCCUACCGGAUCGUACGGGUCGGAGACUUCGGAGCGUAUCAGAUUGAGGAGCUAAAUAGGGCUGAGUGGAAGGAUUGGGUAUUUGGAACGCGACUGAAGAAAUUUGUGGCGAGAGAAGAGGACCCUGAGCCCAUGGAGGUGAGACCGUCUCGGGGAGGACGGAAGGCCCUAGCGAGGAGAGAGGAGGAGCCGGAGCGGGAGCCAGAGGUUGAGGAGCGAGGGGCAUACCCUGAGUAUGGGUUGAGACCAGUGGAGUUCCAUCGUUUUACUGAGGGUGGAUUGAAGAGGUCACCAGCACACACACGGGAGGAGCUGCCAGUGUCUAAAGGGUCGUUGAGGGAGUUGGAGACGCAUCUGGAUAUCUCUCAGUGGAGAGCGUCGCCUCAGGAUGAGAAGCAUGAAGAGCAAGUAGAAGGGGUGCCACAAGAGGAGGUGCCACAAGAGGAGGUGCCAUGAGAGGAGGUACCAAGAGAGGAGGUGCCACGAGAGAAGGUGCCACGAGAGGAGGCGCAUGGUACUCAGCGAGAGAGCAGGCUGGGCGACGUGGGGAGACGUGCAGGGAAGGAAGUGAUAGAGGUUGGAGAGGACACGCCCCCACAGAGGCUAGCGGUGAGUUUGAGACUCGGGGAUGCACCAGGGAGCAUUCGUCAGGCAGAGGAGAGAUUGCGGAGAGAGGAGGCCUCACUUCCUUCAUCAGAGAGGGCUCCAUUGCCAGAGGGGAGAGCCGGCAGGAGAAGAGAAAGGGCAACUGUAAGGAGGGAAGCCUUGACCCUGAUUGAUAGGCACCUAGCAGCUUAUGCCCUGAAGCAUCCUCACCUGGAGAAGCCAGCACCUGCAGA